GGAGACAAGCGAGAGGUUUACGUAGCUGGCUCCGGCGUGAAUGUCUGUCGAAUAUCCAACUUAAAAACAACUUCACCGCAGUCUUUCCGGGCAGAAAAGCGCAGACUGUGCGCUCGGAGCGGCCGCACACAAAAGGCGGAUCUCAGAAAAAAGACACAUUGAAAACAAAUUUUAAAAAAAAGAAGCUGGCGCUGGUGGACAAAGCGGACCAAGUUAGAACAGAGGUCAUCGUAUCCUAACUGGAAAAUGUCUUACCAUGGCCUGAUGGCUCACCAGAGGAGCAAAGGACGCAUGCCCAGUAGCAUGAAUAGUAAAAUAAGGCAACAGCAAGACAUGUUGGGAAAUGAUGAAUCGGAUGACAAUGAAGGGGAACUCUGGCUUGAGGUCCGCAUCACUGAGGCUGAAACAGCAGCAGACUACUCAGGCAAGAGCCAGCAGGUGAAAAAAGGAUACAAGCCAAGGGGGAAGAGAUAUGAAGGAAGUCAGCAGCAAGACAUGUUGGGAAAGUCUGGAUUGGAGAGCAAUCAGAAGGACUUCAACCGUGAUGUCCACAACUUGACCAUGGCUGAAACAGCAGCAGACUACUCAGACAAGAGCCAGCAGGUUUGUGACUGUGGAUGGUCCAAAUGGACCACUGACCGAGGCCUGAGGACUCACCAGGUGAAAAAAGGAUGCAAGCCAAGGGGGAAGAGAUAUGAAGGAAGUCAGCAGCAAGACAUGUUGGGAAAGUCUGGAUUGGAGAGCAAUCAGAAGGACUUCAACCGUGAUGUCCACAACUUGACAACUGAAACAGCAGCAGACUACUCAGACAAGAGCCAGCAGGUUUGUGACUGUGGAUGGUCCAAAUGGACCACUGACCGAGGCCUGAGGACUCACCAGGUGAAAAAAGGAUGCAAGCCAAGGGGGAAGAGAUAUGAAGGAAGUCAGCAGCAAGACAUGUUGGAAAAUGGUGAAUCGGAUGACAAUGAAGGGGAACUCUGGCUUGAGGUCAACAACACUGAGGCUGAAACAGCAGCAGACUACUCAGACAAGAGCCAGCAGGUGAAAAAAGGAUACAAGCCAAGGGGGAAGAGAUGUGAAGGAAGUCAGCAGCAAGACAUGUUGGGAAAGUCUGGAUUGGAGAGCAAUCAGGAGGACUUCAACCGUGAUGUCCACAACUUGACAACUGAAACAGCAGCAGACUACUCAGACAAGAGCCAGCAGGUUUGUGACUGUGGAUGGUCCAAAUGGACCACUGACCGAGGCCUGAGGACUCACCAGGUGAAAAAAGGAUGCAAGCCAAGGGGGAAGAGAUAUGAAGGAAGUCAGCAGCAAGACAUGUUGGAAAAUGGUGAAUCUGAUGACAAUGAAGGGGAACUCUUGCUUGAGGUCAACAACACUGAGGCUGAAACAGCAGCAGACUACUCAGGCAAGAGCCAGCAGGUGAAAAAAGGAAGAAAGCCAAGGGGGAAGAGAUAUGCAGGAAGUCAGCAGCAAGACAUGUUGGGAAAGUCUGGAUUGGAGAGCAAUCAGAAGGACUUCAACCGUGAUGUCCACAACUUGACAACUGAAACAGCAGCAGACUACUCAGACAAGAGCCAGCAGGUUUGUGACUGUGGAUGGUCCAAAUGGACCACUGACCGAGGCCUGAGGACUCACCAGGUGAAAAAAGGAUGCAAGCCAAGGGGGAAGAGAUAUGAAGGAAGUCAGCAGCAAGACAUGUUGGAAAAUGGUGAAUCUGAUGACAAUGAAGGGGAACUCUUGCUUGAGGUCAACAACACUGAGGCUGAAACAGCAGCAGACUACUCAGACAAGAGCCAGCAGGUUUGUGACUGUGGAUGGUCCAAAUGGACCACUGACCGAGGCCUGAGGACUCACCAGGUGAAAAAAGGAUGCAAGCCAAGGGGAAAGUCUGGAUUGAAGACCAAUAAGAAGGACGACAGGCUUGAUGUCCACAACUUGGCAACUGACGAGCAAGUUUGUUUCUGUGGAUGGUCCAAGUGGACCACUUACCAUGGCCUGAGGACUCACCAGGGGUUGAAAGGAUGCACGCCGAAGGGACUGAAGAUUCCACAGAGCGAUCAGCACUUCUGGAAGACUCAGUGGAAAGCGAUGCACCCUCAGAGAAUGACUUUCAGGAAGGAGCUCUAGGGGACGUGAAGGUGAUAUCCAACCACCAGCUGAUGGAAAGAAAAUGUGUUACCAAGCCGACAACAGGGAUUCUUUUACAGCCUCUUGGGGUUACGGGACAUUUUCAACAAUAACCAAAACAAAUGUUGGUGUAUGAAGUGGUGGACAUAAGGGAAAACUUAAUAGUUCCCAAAAAGAGUCCCAUAGAAAUGAUCUCUGUUGGAGUUGGAAAUAUCUAUCUAUCUAUCUAUCUAUCAUUUGGGGGUCUGUAGACGCACUAUUUAGACACAUAUUAGUAGAAAAAAAAAUAUAUAAAAAAAAUAAAUAAUAAUAAUAAAAUAAAAUAAAAAAUAGUAGAAACAUGAUGAA